AUGGAGAGUGAAGGAAAGAUUGUGUUCACAGAAGAGCAAGAGGAUCUUGUGGUGAAGUCAUGGAGUGUCAUGAAGAAAAACUCAGCUGAUUUGGACUCACCAAUUCCUGCUGAACAAAACCCAAAGCUCAAGCCACACGCCAUGUCUGUUUUUGUCAUGUGUUGUGAAUCAGCAGUACAACUGAGAAAAACAGGGAAAGUAACAGUGAGGGAGACAACUCUGAAGAGACUUGGAGCCAAUCAUUCUAAAUACGGCGUCGUUGAUGAACACUUUGAGGUGGCGAAGUAUGCAUUGUUGGAGACGAUAAAGGAGGCGGUGCCGGAGAUGUGGUCACCGGAGAUGAAGGCUGCUUGGGGUCAGGCUUAUGAUCACCUUGUUGCCGCCAUAAAAACUGAAAUGAAGCCUUCCCAAUAA